GUUUGUUUUUCGUACUCGUAAAAUAAAGGGUUUCGAUAAUAGGCUCGGAGAAAUUUAGCCGGCGGCGGUGGUGCAAAUUACUAUCAUGGCCCCAGUCGGAUUACCUCCGGGCUUCAGAUUUCAUCCAACCGACGAAGAACUCGUGAACUAUUAUCUCAAGAGGAAAAUCCAAGGCCAAGAAAUCGAACUCGAUAUCAUCCCGGAAGUUGAUCUCUACAAAUGUGAGCCUUGGGAAUUAGCAGAGAAAUCUUUUUUGCCGAGUAGGGAUCCGGAGUGGUAUUUUUUUGGGCCGAGAGACAGAAAAUAUCCGAACGGGUUCAGAACAAAUCGAGCGACAAGGGCAGGGUAUUGGAAAUCGACUGGAAAAGAUAGGAGAGUGAAUAGCCAGAAUCGAGCGAUCGGAAUGAAGAAGACGCUCGUUUACUACAGAGGAAGGGCGCCUCAGGGAAUAAGAACCGAUUGGGUUAUGCAUGAAUAUCGACUCGACGAUAAAGAGUGGGAGGACACUUCUGGUAUUCAGGUAGACUCGUACGCACUAUGUCGUGUUUUCAAGAAAAACGGGCUGUGCCCUGAAGUUGAAGACCAAGGGCAAUCUAGUAAUAACAUAUCGUUGCUCGAUUACACACAAGGUAUCACAAACGAGCACGAAACGCUGUCGCCCGAUUUUCCAGUGACGUCAUCUUCUAAUAUAUGUAUGGAAGAAGAAGACAAAGACGACAAGGAUGAUUCGUGGAUGCAAUUCAUCACAGACGAUGUUUGGUGCUCGUCUACCACACCUUUCGGUGGUGAUGAGAUUUCUCAAAUGGCAUUUAUAAACUAACAAAAGAA